GAAACCGCUUUUUUCCCUAAAUAGAAAGAGACAGAUUUAACUCGAUUUUGAUGAUACAGCCGUUUUUUCUCCUUCAACUUACAGUAUUUUCUUCCGAAAAACGCGGCAGCUGGGCUCGAUUGAGGUGACUAACGUUAGACUAACAGUUGAAGAACCGACGCUCGCUUCCCUUCAGACGUCAAAAUGGCUUUUGUUUCAAGCUUUCAUUUGGAGUAUACCAGCCUAUCUCACUCUUACACCACCUCAAAAUGCCUUUCCUUUCCUUCUGCUGUUUCUACAGUCCCUUCAAACAGAAAUAAGUGGUGUUGUUUUCCUCAAGACAGCACAAUUGGCGUUAACACUGCGGUCAAUAUGGACGCUGAAGCUAUUUGCGCGAGCCGGGUCGUACUCAACGCAGCCUAAACGACAUGGACAAUUUCAUUUCCCCCGGAGAAUAUUUAUCUGUACUCAUGGAUGGUAUUAAGGUCUGAAGGGAAUGAGAAACGGAGCGUUUUACGUUUUUUGUAGCUAACAUUUAGCCAUACAUUAAGCUUGGUAACGUUACUAGCUGCGUUAGCCAGCUAAGCCUUAUAAGGCCAUGUUUGGGUUGUAAUAAAAACUGUUCUGUAUAUUAGAGACAUUCAGAGACAUUUAAAUCUAACAUUCUAAACUCGAGCACUUUUAAGCAAAUUAAGUCUAAACAGUGUUUAACGUGCAGCCGCUUAUAAAGGAAGUAACUAGUUAACAGCUUAUUCUGUUUUUUGUUCAGUUUAUGUAAUUUAGUUCAACACAUUUCAUAUUUUUUCACAAGUAUGAGCACACAUGGACACUUUUCUCAAGGGGACACGCGGUCCCGCGCUGACAGCUCGUGGAUAAACGUGUUCUCUGUAGUUUCCAGGCCUGCGUGGUCUCUCCUGCAGAGGUAUUUCCCCGCAAGAACGCAAACAGCAUUUGAAAUGAAGUCAAAUCUAGAUAUUGGGAACUCUCUGACCCCUCUGAAUGUUGCAUAUCUCCAGUGCCAGCAUGAAAACCCGUCGGGCGCGUCCUCCAGAGCCCCGGGGACUCCUUCCUGGUUUACGCACGAAUCGUUGAGUGAACUAGGAAUUCAGAGCGCUUCCCAGAAAGAUUCCAGUCUUCAAAAGCAAGCGUCGGCUGGAUACCUCGGAACGGCGAGAAACUUAAUCAGCCAGGUGUUGCAGAACGCGCUGGAAAAAAGGCGCGCGGGCGGUGAGCGCGCCAAACCGGAAAGCGGAUGCGAUUUGUGCCCGGAUAUGCUGUCCGUGCGGAGCACUAACAGCUGGUGGUGGGGUGGAUUUUGGGAUGCCGACGACAGACCUCCAAACUGGCUGCUAAACGUAGCACAGAGCAGAAAAGAGACUGAUACGAGCUGGCAGCAUUGUGGAGAACAUCACAGUAUCGGCUAUUGUCAAAGCCGCUCGCGGGCGGCCGUUGCCGUGACGACCGAAUUGUGUGUCUGUAGCGAUGAUGUGCGAUCAAUGCACAACGAAAGCGCUGGACCCUUGUGCUCCAAAGAUCUGACCCACAAUGCAAGCCUGUCCAAACCAGAAUCCCUCCCAAACUCCUACAAGCUUCCUCUAGAUGUUGAGCAGCAACUGCUAGUUUGUAGUAGAGCCUACAAUGAGGUGGCAGUUCUGACUCCAGAUCAAGAUAAUGGCUACUCCAGUUUGGAGGAAGAACACUCAAAUAGUAAGCUUCACAUGAAUCUGCUUUCCAAGGAACAAGAGGUGUCAGAAACAGCCAGCCCUGUUGCCUCCGAGGAGGGCUCAUCUCAUACUAACACUACAGGGAGCGAGUUUCAUAGUGAACCUGUCAAUUGUGAGGAAGAAAUUAAGGAAAGAGAGGAAGAGGACUCUGAAAAGAAAGCAGAAACUGUUCCAGCUGCUGAAAAUGUGCCCUUUUUGGCCACUUCUCAAUGUCAAAACAAGGUCAUCGCCUACAUCAUGGGCAGCCCUUGCAGUGGCGAAUCCGAGUCAGAGGAUGAUGGCGAUUGGGACAGUAAUGACGAUGAUGGCUUUGACAGUGAAGGCUCAUCCCACUUCUCAGAUUCUGAGGACCUAGAUGACAGCGAUGAUGAAUCCGAAGAGGAUUCGGAUGGAGAGGAGGCCGACUCUGAGACUGAGAGGCUGUGGAAUUCUCUAUGCCAAAACGGGGAUCCUUAUAACCCGAGGAACUUCACAGCUCCCAUAAGGACUGCCGCCAAGCCAAGCCCUGUGACAACAGACUCUUUGGUCUCAGAGUCUCCGCCAGCGCAUAUGUCCUCCCUGCUUUCGCCUCCUCCAUCGUCGCCCUCACUCUCAGAGAAUGAGUCCAGUGAAGAUGCCUGUGAGAUGGAUGAGGAGGAGAAUCGGAGAUUGUGGAAUUCUUUUAGCUGCUCAGCAGAUCCCUACAGCCCCCUCAACUUCCAGGCUCCCAUACAGACUCGAAAAACCCCCAAAGGGUGCCGGAAGGAGAAAGCGCCUGGAACGCCACGCUACAAGAGAGAGGAGGCUGAGGAGAGGCUGGACAGUGGAUUCUCAGAGAUUUCCCCUGUGCCAUGCUCAAGCAGCGUCACGGCCAUUCAGCUGAAGAAGGUGACAUUUGUAGAGGAGGUCGAGGAGUUCUAUGCCAGCAGCGAUGAGGACCGUCAUGGACCCUGGGAGGAAAUCGCCAGGGACCGCUGUCGUUUUCAGCGCCGUGUUCAGGAAGUUGAAGAGACUAUCAGCUACUGCCUUUCUCCAACUUUCCGUCUGGACAUUUUUCAAAGACUACACCGUACUAGCUAAUUAAAAGCCUUGUUUGUUGUUUGACUGUAAGUGUAAACAGUGAAUAAGAAAUAAUAUAUAUCAAUAGUUUAAUUCAGGGCAUCAGGAGGCCCUUACAUUUUCAAAGGGCUCACACAAGUCACAAAUCCAAGGAACUCCAUGGUUCCUGCCAGGGAAGGUCACCUCACUUGAGUGCUGAAAUGUUUUGUGCUGAGUGUCGUGUGGAUUCUAGAAAUAUGCAUUUUGUUUUGUUUUUUCUUUGCCACAAGUCUCACUGUCCUUUCUAGUCCUUAAUACGAUAGUUUCAUUUUAAGGAGAAAAACAAAGAGGAACAUUAUGUCAUGUCUGUUUAAUCACAGGAUUCCCACUCAAACAACUAAAAGUUUCAAAAUAACUAUUUUGUUUUCGUCCAAGUUUUUCUUCAUGCCUAUUGCAAGGUCAGUUUAACUGAGAUUUAUUCAAUUUGGUUUAGCAAAAGUGCGUUACCUUGACCCCAUGAAGUGACACUAAAUUGAUGUUCAUCUUUCCCUUAGAAUUGUAUUAGUGCAAAAGUAUUCUGGAGGGGAAAUGAAGUGUUAGCUUUACAGUCCCUCACAGGUCUUCUUACAAACCCAUUGUGUUGUAACCUCGAAGCCAAAGAUAACAUACUUUUGCUCUGCAAAGGAUCAUUAAGCCAGGCCUUGGUAUUUGAUGCCACAGGGGCGUACCGGGUGAACGAUUCCCCAGAGUAAUCACAUUCAUUACCCACAUUAAACCUAGUGGUAUUUUGCUGGAGCUGAGCAAUGCUUUUGUCAGUGUCUGUUCCUGUGUUCGAGUGAAGAUAAAUGGGCGUGGGCCUUGGUGCAAUGUAUUUGCAUGAUCUUAAAUGGAAAGAUUCUUUUCUCUAUCACCAUAUGUGGAAAUCACUGUCUUGUAGUGGGGUUUUUCUCUGUGCUUUGAACUGUGGCAGCUGUGACAGACAGUAAAAUCUUGACUAUAAAGGUGAAAUGCAGGGACAAAAUGCAUGUUUUUGAUUUGAACUAUAAUAUGCUUGAUGUUGAAGCAUAAAGGUAAUUUGUUAACUAGUAAAAUUAACAUAAAAGCAUUUUAUUUUUGUAAUACAUUUGACCAGUUAAGCAUCUGUAAUGGGAUUUGUGAUGAAAAAGACUAGUCCUAAUUAAAAUUGAAUAAAAAUAAU